AUGGUGCUCUGCGCUGCUCUCACCGAGAACCCCAAGGGGGGCUCGCACUACGGCAUCAGCGAGAAUAGCACCAGCGGAGCCUGGUGGGCAAAGAAGAUCCACGGGAUCAACAGGGACCACUGCAGGAGGUGCGGGCACCCCGUGGUGGUGCGCCACGCGCCGGUGAAGUGGGAGCCGUGGCAGGAGGACUUCUGCGCCGGCAAGCUGAGCAACCUGACCAGGAAGCCUUCUAUCGACCUGAAGCAGUGCCAGAAAAUGGAGAACCGGGAGGUGAGCGCCUGGGAGAAGAUGAGGAUGAUGAGGGACAUGUUGAACGUCCUUGGGUUCACCCACGUGCUCAUCCUGGACUGCGACGCGGUGAUGAAUCACAUGAGGCGGGACACCAUGUCCGAGAUGGCCCAGCUGCUGGAACAGGAGAGCAACCCGUCCAGGUCGAGGCAGAUUUUGCUCAUCAGCGAGGAUUGCCGCGGGGGCGACGGCCCAGACGGGAAGGGGACCGGGCUCAACGCCGGGAUGAUGUUUGCGAAGAACACCGGCCUCACCCGGCAGCUCUUCGCCGACAUGGCCAGGGCCAACAAGCUGGGGCCCGCGUGGUCGGGCCCUGGGCCUUGGUGCGCCACCCACGAGCGGGCUUGCCUGGAGAGCUGGCAGACCUGGAAGAAGCGCAGGAGUGACUCGGCGUACCCGGGCCUCAACAAGGCCAUCCUGAAGGCGUCCAGCCUCCAUUUCGGGAUGAACCCGUGCAUCUGGUUCGACUGCACGCUAGAAAAGUUCCCGAACAUCCCAAGAUACGAGCACUCCGAAUCGAGGCACCACGCGUGCCACCACUGCAACGGCCUCAGGGUGCCGCCCGGGAACCUGACCAAGGGCCGCUCCGUGGGCUGUUCCUCGAGGUGCGAUCUAGACGUGAACUCGUCGGAGAACGGCAUCGUCCACAUCAUGGGGGACUCCAGGUCCUACAUCGACUACCUCCUGCCCAUGCUGCCGCAUGACUGA